UUCCCGAACGAAACCUCGCGAGUCCCGGAGCGGAGCUGUCAAGCGGGCAGUCAACCCGCAUCUGUCAGCGGUUCUAUUAUUUUGCCUGAAUGACGAUAGUCUAUUUUUGAAAUAAAACUAAAUAUAAUGCGAUUUGCAUAAUAAAGCCAUUGAUUUCUGAAUCAAAAAACCGGAUCGCGGGUGCGAUAAAAUGGCUUCGGUAUACGUCUUGUCGUUUAUGUUUAUACUGACGCAGUAUUUGCUGCUCAACUGUGCGUCGGCGGCCGUGCAUAACCACCAGGUGGAUACUCAGGAGCGGGAAAGCGAUGGGAGUUUCCGAUCGCGAGACUUCGAGCACUACGGAGACUCGGGUCACAACUCGGAGUUCGACCACGAAGCCAUCUUAGGGAGCGUGAAAGAGGCGGAGGAGUUCGACCAGCUGAGCCCCGACGAGGCGAAGCAGCGGCUCGGCGACUUGCUGCUGAAGAUGGACCUCAAUGGAGACCAGGUGAUCGACCGACCUGAACUUAAACAGUGGAUCUUGAAUUCUUUCCGAAAGUUAUCCCGAGAGGAGGCGGAGGAACGGAUGAAAGAAGCGGAUGACAACCACGACGGAGUAGUCACAUGGAGUGAAUACUUGUCCGAUGCAUUCGGAGUGGAUUCUGAGGAGGAGAUCCUGCCGGAAGACACUGGGGACACUGGCAUGUUGGUGCAUGAAGAGAAGCAGAUGUGGGCGGCAGCGGACUUAAACGGCGAUGGCGUACUAGACUUCGAUGAAUUUGAGGUAUUCACAAACCCGGAGGAGCACGAGAAGAUGCAUGCCUUCCUGCUCGCGCAGACGUUGCGAGAAAAGGACAGCAAUGGCGACGGCAGCAUCAGCUUUGAGGAGUUUGUCGGGGAGCGCGGUGCCCACGAUAAAGCCUGGAUGCUGUCUGAACGCGACAAGUUCGACCACGAGUUAGACGCCGAUCGCGACGGCAAACUCAACGCGGAGGAAAUCCGCCGAUGGAUCAUACCCGACAACGAUGAAAUCGCCCUAGAGGAGGUGGAACAUCUCUUCGCGUCAGCUGACGACAACUCAGAUGGUCGUCUCUCCUUCAAAGAAGUGUUGGACCAUUACCAACAAUUCGUGGGUUCUGAGGCCACGGACUAUGGCGACCAUCUCAUGGGAGACCACUUUGACGAUGAGCUUUAAGCGAGGUAUAUCUAUCUACUUUACUGGGGCCACUGUCCAAGAUACUAGAUACCAGAAGUGGUCAGAUACUAGAUAAACUUAUAUCUUUAAGUGCUAAUACAUCGCAACGCACCAACUAUCCUGUGUGUGAAAGCGAGAGAGAUUUUUUUCUCGCUCUCACAAGCUGGAUAUUACAGAGAUGAUGAGCUCUAAGCGAGAUAUCUCUAUCUUGUUUGAAGUCACCUCUGUAUGAAUAUCUAUCGAUGAAACCGGGCGAUAGAUCUCAGAAGGUAGACCACUAACUGAAUUACCUACUAGAAAUAAUUGUGUGAUCAGUAACCGUCUCAUGGGCUACUAUUUUAACUCUAAGCAUAGAUCAAAUAUAAGAAGAUCAUACUGUCCCAUAAAUUAAAAUGUGACCGCCUAAGAACGCGCAUACACUACACCACACAUAGAUGGCGCCACAAAAAAAAUGUCUUGUAGCUUUCGAUUAUACUUGUA